AUGCUACGUUCUCGGACAAACACGCAAAAUAUCCGCACAUCGUUUGUUCACCUAAUGGCGAAGAGAGCAGCCUCAGACCACGUCUCCCCUGCGCCAAAACGGAUAAAGACCAGUCCAGCGUCGCCGGAAGUGAAGUUUAAACGAACGAACUCUGAAUGGAAGGUUGGCGCGCAUGUCUCUGCAGCUGGCGGCGUCGAUAAUGCAAUUACGAAUGCAGCGUCAAUUGGGUAUGUUUCUUCUCCCUCCAAACCCUCCAUAAACGAGACUAGAGCAAACGCAUUCGCACUAUUUGUCAAGUCACAAAGAAAGUGGACCUCGCCAGCUCUGACAGAGGCGACAAUAACGAGCUUCAAGAGCAAAAUGAAAGAAUACGGAUACGACCCGCGCCAUGUCCUUCCUCACGGAAGCUACUUGAUUAAUCUUGGCAACCCAGACGCAGAGAAACGAAAAAAAUCCUACGACUGCUUCUUGGACGAUCUCAAAAGGUGCGAAGCGCUAGGAUUGGAACUGUAUAACUUUCAUCCUGGGUCGACGGUUGGGGAAGCUACAACAGACGAAUCGAUUGCGCUUAUUGCCCAAGGCAUUAAUGACGCACACGCUGCUACCGAGAAAGUGGUCGUCGUGAUCGAGAAUAUGGCUGGAGCAGGCAACAUCAUUGGUGGCGACUUUGCUCAUCUUUCCCAGAUAAUCCAGCUGGUCAAAGAUAAGACGAGGGUCGGAAUUUGUCUUGACACUUGUCAUAUGUUCGCGGCGGGCUAUGAUCUGCGAACCAAGAAAGGCUGGGAUGAGAUAGUUACCGAUCUUGACCAACAAGUCGGUUUAUCCUUCCUUCGUGGAAUGCACCUCAACGACUCGAAAACUGAGCUCAAUUCGAAACGCGACAGACACGAGAACAUCGGACUCGGGCAUAUCGGCUUGUCGGGAUUCCACCACAUCCUCAAUGACACCAGGUUCCAAAACAUUCCCUUGAUUUUAGAAACGCCUAGUGGGGACGAGAAAAGGCCAGGAGAGUUUCACUUCACCACCACGAUCUCCUCGUUCCUUCGCAGCCUGUUACGCCCAAUGGGCUCAAUUUCUGAACCUAUUUCUGGAAAAACCAAACCUGGGGGGUAUGACUUCUACCGGGAGGUCCUUGGCAGCCCCAAAUAUAUUGUUGCGCCAAUGGUGGAUCAGAGUGAGCUGGCAUUUCGAAGACUUUGUAGACGAUAUGGCGGCCAGCUCAUCUACACCCCGAUGAUCAGCGCCAAACAAUAUGCGGACCCCGUUAAAAACGUCACAUACCGAGCCAAGAGCUUCGACACCUUGACGGGCGAAGAAGGCGACCCUGUGACUGACCGACCGCUCAUUGUCCAGUUUUGCGCCAACGACCCGGAGGCCUUAUUGACUUCUGCUCUCGCUGUUCAAGAGCAUUGUGAUGCGGUGGAUAUCAAUCUUGGCUGCCCCCAAGAUAUUGCGAAGAGAGGGCACUACGGCGCGUUCUUGCAAGACGAGUGGGAUUUGAUUUUCCAGCUCAUCAACACACUUCACAAAAAUCUUGACGUUCCAGUUACCGCCAAAUUCAGGGUGUUUCCAAGCAUCGAGAAGACGGUCGAAUAUGCAAAAAUGCUUGAGCGAGCGGGAGCACAAAUUCUUACUUGUCAUGGGCGGAUAAGGGAACAGAGGGGGCAGAAUUCUGGUCUGGCUUCGUUUGAACAUAUCAGAGCAGUCAAGCAGAAUGUCUCUGUGCCUGUUUUCGCCAAUGGAAAUGUUUUAUUCCAGGAGGAUAUCGAGACCUGUUUGCGUGAGACUGGUUGCGACGGCGUUAUGUCUGCCGAAGGAGUUUUAUAUAAUCCCGCGCUCUUUGCUGGAUUAGAUCCUGCAUCUCCCUUAUCCACCACCGACUCCGAGGCCGCCCUCCUGAGGUUACACCCUCCCGUUAUCUCUCUCGCCCUCGAAUAUCUCGAAAUCGUCAAGUCAUUGAAAACUGUAACCAGUGCUAGCGCCAUUAAAGGCCAUCUCUUCAAAAUCCUUCGUCCCGCGCUACCAAAGCACCCAGAUCUACGAGAGCGCCUUGGUAAGGCCCGAAUAGAAGGUGUAAAGACGAUGGUCAAGGCCAAAGUUAAAGGUGACAAAGAGGCGGGCGGGGAAGCGGGAGAGCCAUACUGGAAGACUGGAUUGGAGGACUACUUUUCGAUCGUCGAGGAGCUCGGCGAGCGAAUGCGCAUAGAUGAAGACAGGGAGCGCGGUGGUGCGAAGACCAACUUGGAGCUCGUUCGGCCACAAGAAGGGACGGGACUCAAACUCCUUCCGUGGUGGUUAGCGCAACCGUAUUGGCGGCCUUUGCCUGCUGUAACGGAAUCGCUACAAGAUCAAGCGGACGGCAAGCGAAAGAAGAAACGACCACAUGUGGGUCCGGAAACAACUGCAGAAGCGCCAGAAGAGAAGCGAAUGAAGUUGCUGGAGACAAGGGUACCAUUGGAGGUGCAAUGA